GGCAAAGCACAGCCCAAGGUCUAUCUUUGACUUUCAGUGUGAUAGCUGCAAUGGCCACUUACACUGCUUACAGUGGCUACAGCAAGCCACCUCAAUCUUACGUGGGCUCUUACUACGAUGAGAAGCAGGCCAAGACAUAUGCAGAUUAUGAAGACUCUGUAUAUGAGGAAAAAAAGAGACUUGAGAAGAAGGACCGUCGGGAUGCCAUCUGUUGUGAGGUAGUGGCCCUCGUCAUUGGUUUCAUUGGACUAAUCGGAGUGGCAGCUGUGACAGGCCUGCCGAUGUGGAAGGUAACAGCCUUCAUCGAGGAGAACAUCAUUGUCAUGGAGACCCGCUGGGAGGGAUUGUGGAUGAACUGCUACAGACAAGCCAACAUCAGAAUGCAGUGUAAGGUGUACGAUUCCCUGCUGUUUCUGCCCCCAGACCUCCAGGCUGCUAGGGGUCUGAUGUGCAGCGCCGUGGCCUUGACCUCCUUCGCCCUCAUUGUUUCAGCAGUGGGAAUGAAGUGUACCAAAGUGGUGGACCAUCGGGCUCGCACCAAGCAUGUUGUCCUUGUGGCUGGAGGCUGUCUGUUCCUCAUGGGCUGUGUCACUACCCUAAUCCCUGUGUCCUGGACCGGCCAUGUCAUCAUCAGGGAUUUCUACAACCCUCUGCUAAUCGAUGCCCAGCGCAGGGAGCUUGGGGAGGCUCUUUACAUUGGCUGGGUGACUUCAGCUUUGCUUUUCACUGCCGGAGUGAUCCUGCUGUGCCGUCACGCUCCUCGCACCCAGGACCCAGAUGAGAGGAUUGUAUACAACCCCAACGGAAAUAUCUACCAACCUGCAUACACAUACCAGCCAUACACAUACCAGCCAGCAUACUCCUACCAGCCUCCCUACUCAGCACCCCCACCAGGAUCGGUAGCAUACACACCAAGUCAAUACUAAUGAGGAUAUAAAAGACAAUUUUGGACUCUUUUUUUCUUUUUGUGCCAAGAUUUGGCACAUCUGAAUGAGUUUGAAUUGACUAACAUUGGCUGUCACUGGAAAUGGCCAAAUCUUUCAUUACUUUCUCAAAGAGGGCCAAGUGUAUUGCAGAGAUUGAAAUUAAUCAUGGAACUGAUUGUGCUUUGAUCAUGACAUUCUUGCUGAAUUACUGUAUUCUUUGUUUGUUUCCAUAUGCUUAAUUUACACUAAAUUAUAUUAGUCAUUCAUAAAUGUUUAAUCUGUAAUAAUACAUUAAUAAUAAUACAUAAUACAAUAAUACACACGAUUGUUGAUAUCACUGUCUGAACAGCCUCUGCUGACAUGCUCUUUGAGAACAACUUGUGCACUAGGCCUUUUUCAGAUAACAUACCUCCAGAUGAUUUGUAUUCACUGUUAAGUUUUUGUUGUAAAUGUACAUACCUGUUUUUUUAAUUGCUGGCCUAAAUAUAAGGUCAACUGUGGUUUCUAAUAAAGGGAUAACAUCGUGAAA